AUGGUCAACUACGACUCCCUCAUUCCGCCUCCCCAGGCUCAUCUCGAGAGUACCGGGUCCCGUAAGGGUCCCCGUUUUCUCUCAGAGAUGUGUCUUGAUGUGGCUAUCAAAAACGUCGACCUCAUCACGGAGCUGGGCAUUUUGCCCGAAUCCUACGUUCAGCCAAUCCUCAAGGCUGUGAAGACUGCGACCCAGUUACACCAGUUGGAGGCCAACAGCACCGAAAUCUGGGAUCUCACCCCCCAACACUGGAAACGCCUCAUCAAAAGGGACUUUCCGAUCCUGUCUUCUCGCCACAAUUUCGAGCCACAGAACCCCAAGUCGUGGCACAAGGUCUACGACAAAUACAAGAAGCUCGAAGAGGAGAACAUCGCCGCCGCUACCGCAAAGCUCAUCCAAGGGUUUGCGGCAAAAACAGAGCAGAAGCAGUCCCGUUCUGCCCAGCUCAUCUCAGCCCACGAAGGCAUCAAACUCCAACCUCACCACCGAGCGAAGCCCGGCUGGAGCCUGCCGCGCGGAAAGUCGACAUUCAUGUCAAAGACCAAGGCCCAGCUACAGCUGGAAGCUUCGCGCUUUCGCCUUGGCACACCGACUGGAAAGCUUCCUGUCCCUGCCGGCCAAAUCAAACAGGCUCCUAGGUCCAUGGUUGAGCAAGCUCGGAUCCGACAGCAGCCGGAUCUCAAGAUUCGCCCUCCUACCUCCAAAGCCGCCCCGGCCUCCAACAAGUCGACCCAGGAGCGGCAGGAGCGUGAGUCACGCUUGCUUCGCAUCAAGGACGCGAAUCGAGCCAAGCAACAAACCGCCACCAACAUUCUCAGCUUUAGCGACGAUGAGGACGAAGAUCCCGUGGCCGUCAAGUCUCCCGGCGGCCUCGGUGACAAGGACGACGUCGACGAUGCCAACUUGGUCGAGGACGAUGACGAUGACGAUGAUCUUUUUGGUGAUCGCAAGUUCGCCAGACUCGCACGGAUCGCUGCGUCUUCGCCCGCCGAAAAGGCACCCGCUCUACUGCCGUCCCCGGCAAUUCGACCAUCGGCUAAGCGCCCCCGGGCCGUGGAGGACUCGGACGAAACGAACGCCGCGAAGCGUCGCCGCAGCGUGGAAGAAGCAACUGCAUCCUCUUCCGCGGCGUCCAAUGCGGCUCUCCGAAACCAUCCUCGGCCUUCCACACUGGCUCUCCGACACCCUCCUCGACCUUCCAACCCGGCCGUCCGGCCCCGCCAAAGGGGCAUCGGUCUGUCGGCCGCACCGGGCGCCAACAAGGGCCGCCCGCCACCGCCGCGCCGGUCCUGA